AUGACAGUAGUCACCGUAAAAUAUUUAUACGCCAAUUACCCGACCCAGUGCAACUUACUCAUUCUCCUUGGCAGCAUCGCUCUUCUCCUAUGGGCUCGCUGGCAGAGAUGGGAUCAACGGCUCCGUAUGGUGGCGCGAUCGCGAAUGAGAGAAGCGCGACCUGUUCUGCAGGCAUUCCGUAGACGCCCCCUCAAUUGGCGGUGGAUAGCCGGGGAGAUCAUGAUUAUGUUAGCCAACGCCAGGCCGCUCAGCGUAACAACCUUCAGUACUCUCCUUGUAGUACAUUGCGUGUUACUGGGUAUCGAGCGGCAUUUUAGCUACCGUAAUGCUCCUGAUAAUAUUCAGCUGUGGACCUACCAAGAGACGCACUUUGACCUCGCAACGAUGGGGCCCUCACUCGUCUCCCCUGUGCACGACCCGCGCUCCUUGAGCCCGCACGGCCCGCGGUCGAGCCGCACGCUUGCGCACUUCUGCGGCAGACCCACGGCAAGCAGCUACGACGGCUACACCGGCGCGCCGCACGCGGCGUACAUCCACCACGACGUGGAGCGCGACCGCUACGUGGUGCGCACCUUCGGCCGCGGUGGCACGCGCGUGGACGAGCGGCGACGCAGCGGUGUGGGCCGCAGCACCUACGAGGCCUUCUGCGCCGCGCCGCGCCGCGUGCAGCUUGGCACGCCACUGGCGCCGUCGCCGUGGCUCGACGGCGAGGCCAACUGGCAGCUGGGCGACGCCGGCGCAGCGCCGCGGCACGCCGUCAACGGCGCCUUCCGCUUUGCUGUGCAGCCCCUCGCCGUGCCGCACGCAGCGGCCGCGGCAGUAGCCAGCAAUGCCACCGCCAGCCGCAGCGCCGACGCGGACUUCACCAAGGCGGACCAGGGCCUGCGCACGCACUACCGCCGCUACACGCGUGACGAGCUGCUGCAGCGCCACGCGCACCUCGACUUCAUCUACUCCUACGUCAACGGCAGCGACAUCACGCGCGGCUACACGAAGCCGUUUGCGAAGACGUGGGAGUGCUGGAACAUGAUCGCAUCGGUGCAGCUGCUGUGGGGCGAGAUGCAGCGUGCGGCCGACAUUGGCGCCGACGCACCGCCGCUGGCCGAGGACGUCUUCAGCCGCCACAUCACGGAGCUGCUGUUUGUGUCGUCGUCGAGCCCGUGCGCCUUGUCGCAGCUGCUGGCCGACGUGGGCGCCGGCAAGGACGCGAUGAAGCGCGUGGAGGCGUCGCUCUGGUGGGCCGCCACGCACCCCAGCCAGCCCCACCUCAAGGGCGCGCCGCCGCCGCCGGAGAUGGCGCUGACGAACAUGGAGCUGCUGCAUGCCCUGGGUGCGGACCUGGAAAGCGUGAAGCCGGACGACAUCGACGCGGACUGCGACGAGCUGCGCCACGGCAUGCGCGGGCUGCUGCUCCACACGCGCAGCUGGCACCGCGGUCGCAUGACCGUCGUGACGCCGUACGGCAACGUGCCGCUGUGGCUGAACCAGAGCCGGAACUUCUUCAUGCGCUCCCUCUAUGCCGCUGCCACGGCGCCCACGGCGCGCGCUGAGGCGGCGAGUGGUGCCGCUGACGGCGGCGAUGCGAGCGUGCUGGGCACGGCGGAGGCGCGCUUCGUGAGGGAGGCCCACACCGGCAAGCUGCACUACACGCGCAUCCACAUCGUGGACCAGCGCGCGCUGAUGCCGCCCGCGCCGCUGACGACCGUGAACAGCUACGUUGUCGAGCCCUUCGUGUACCGCCUGCGCAACGCCUCCUCCGUCUUCAUCUACAUGAACGAUGACUACCUCGUCAUGAAGGACGUCGACAUCACCGACUUCGUGAACGAGUUUGGCGGGCCGCUGCUGCGUAUACGUAAGUCGGACUCCAUGGAGUACUACGAGGCUAAUCGCGACUACUUCCGCCGGGGUCUUGUGUUCAACACCAUGCUCAUGCACCGCGAUCUGGACCGGACACCCGCGGACCUGGAGGAGCUCGUGCAGCCGGCUACUGCCGCCGCCACCCUGACGUCGAUGGAGGGCGAGGCAGUCGUGGUGCAGCGCGGCGUCGUGCGCGCGUCGUGGGCCGCCUUCGCCGCUGCCGUGGACGCGCGCAGCAGCGUGGCGACGCCGGGGGGCAGCGCGCAGUCCACGAGCACGGCGUGCGCGAGGAGCAGCAGUGCUGCGGUGUGCGCGUGGGCGGAUUGCGCGUGGGGGGCCGCUGCGGGCGCGGUGGCGCGCGGUGCGUGUGCGAUGCCGCGCGUGUCGGCGAAGGGUGAGCCGGCGUGGGCCGCGGAUGCAGCGGGCACCUUUGCGCUGGUGCCUGCGCCACCUACGAAGCCGGGCAGCGGCGAGUGGACGUGGACGGGCCAUGUGCAGAUGCCGGCGCUCGUGCACUGGGGCCGCCGCGUGCUCGACCGCGUCACGGCAGACCUCAUCGCACCGCGCUACUACCUCGAGACGGAGACAAUCGCGUUGACUAAGGUGGAACACGAGCCGACCGUGCUGCAAAUGAACUCGUCCAGUAUCACAGAGCACUUGACGGGCUUGCGAAACGCCUUCGCUUCUCUGCAGGGAGACACUCAGGACGCCCCUAAGACAAAGACAACAGCGACGUAUCUGCUGAGGAUGCUCAUGCACACGAUUUCAACGUACGAGUUCCCUACGCACCGUAUCUUCAAGACACAGCCGCGCCUGCGCAAGUACCGCAUGCGGCUCGACAGCCACGCCCCCUACGCACAGUGCCGCAACAUGUGGGGCUACAUCCACAAGCGCUAUGCACCUGACCUCAAUCUGAACAUGCUCAUGAUGCGCACCCGCACCACGAUGGACCUAUUGCCACCGUCGACGCACACGGCUCACAUGCUGCGGCAUCCGUGGGCCGCGUCGAGCCAGUACCUGCCGUACCUGAUUGCGAAGCAGGCGUGGCGCAUGCAGCGCGGUGCCGGCCUGUCACCACUGGGCAACGACGCGCCGGUGUUCCCGGCGGUGGACGUGGCGCUGGACAACGAGGACGGCUGCGCGCCGGCCACUUACAUUACGGAAGCCGAGAAAUCCGCGCGCUACCACGAGUUCCGUGACGACGUGAGCUGGAAUGCAAAAACUAUGAAAAGGAUUCGGAGCUACCGUGACAAAAAGCCGUUCACUAAUAUCAACUCGAAGUUCUCGAGCAACGAGGUCGGCGUCACGCUCCGCAACUUCCUGGAGGAGCUGUUCCCCACUCCGAUGCUGCUGGAGCAACAGUGGCACGCAGUCAAGCGGAGGAAGCGCGUGACAACGCUGCGAGUGUCGUCGAGCGUCGAGGAGCAGAACGGCGCGCCUAACCUGCAGUUUAUGCACCUAAACGUGAACUUCGAGCGCCUGAUGCACCUGCCGCUGAUCCUCGUGAGCAACGACGAGGAGGGCUUCUGCCCGCUGCUGCGCAGCCUGCGACACGUGCUGCCGGACUUCAGCGGACAGCGUGUGGUGCAGGUGCUGGUGCCGCCGGCGGACGGCGUGUCGCUGCGCGCCGCGCGCGCGGACCGGCGACACCCCUACCGCGAGUUCCUGCCGGUGGCGCGCUGCAGCCUGUCGGCCGACCGACUGCGCCGCGUGACGCUGCCGGCAGACAGCAGCGUGGCGGACGUGGUGGUGGCGGGGCUGCGGCUGGCGCGCGAGGGGGUGGCGGCGGGGCUGUGGGAGGCGCCGGCGCUAGUGGAGCUGCGCGGGCGGCGCGCGGUGCAGGCGCUGGUGCUCGACGCACGGACACUGCGCGCCGGUGCACGCGGCUUCACGGAGCUGUCGCACGCGCUGGGCGUGCCAGCCGAGCUGCUGGCGUAUGAGGACUUCGCGGUGCGCCUGCUGGACGCCGCCGCGCAGUCGCUGGUGCGCUCACCCACGCCAGCCGAGGCGGCCACGGUCGCCGCGGCGGUGCCGAUCGAGGAGGCCAGCUGGCGUAAUGGGGCCGCCACUGCGGACGACUUUGCUGCGAGUGUGCUGGUGCUGUCGGAGGCAGAGGCGGACUCCCGUCACACGCACUGGGCCUACGGUGCCUCCGAGCACGACCUUCUGAGCGCGAUGCCGCUGCCGUAUGGCAAGGUGGAGGAUAUGGAAGCGGCGGUGCAGUGGGUCUUCUGA